GACCAUGAUUUAGCUUAAUUCAUGUAGAAAAUUAGUUAAUUAGUUGCGUGAGAUUUUGGAGAAAAAUCCUGUGAAUUAGCCAUUGUUUUGCCCAUUUAUGGAAGUGCAGUUACUGUUCACUGCGUGAUCACUGUUCAUGGGCACUGUUCAUGCACUAAUGGCCAACGAUUAAUGGGGAUUUAAAUGUUUAAUUUGUAAUAUAAGAACAAAUUUGGAGAUGUCUGGUAAUGUGGAGAUUGAUAAAAAUAGCAUCGUGAUUAGGGGUAGUCCUAAUGAUGAUUUCAGUUUGAAUUUAUGGUAGUGCGGUUUUAAUUCUGGAAUAUUUUGGCUAGGUUCUUGAUUAUUCUAUCACCUUGGCUCUUGGAGUGAGUUUUCUGCUUUAUGCGAUUGAGGUAAGUAAAUUUAUGGUAAUGUCCGUACAGUUUUUAAAAGCAUGUUUUGACUUGUUUUUGAACUGGUGGCGGGACUAAACUCGUUUUACACAAGUAUGAUCGAUUUAAAAUGAAAUUAUUAUUCUUUUUAUUGAAUUGAGUAUGCCUACUUGAAAUUUAAUUGUUUAUCCUGAUGAUCUGAAAGUGAUUGGUGAAUUAUGGUUUUUCUCUUAACUUCUACCUGUUUUGUCUCCGAUGUGGUCAUGUUAUUAGUGACCCUACUAGUGGGAGUUAUAAACGUUAACACAUGUCGACAUGUUAUUGAUAGAACCGGUUCGUUCGACUGACCCUGCUAGUGGGGGUUAUACACCAGCAAAUAGUGUGUCUGCUAGUGGGUGAUUUAUAACAUUGGCCAUGACCUAUAGAGGAGACGUCUAUUUUGUUCCCGUACUGUAUCUGUUUUUCGUGAUUACACUUGUUGGCAUGUUAUAAGUUUAAUUAAGGGCUAUCCAUAUUUACUUACUGAGUUUAUCUCAUAGUUUUUCCUUGUCCACCAUUUCAGAAAGCGAAAUCGAGCACGGGGAAACCACGAGAAGUGAUGAGUUAGAAGGCUAGCCAUUUGGAGAUUGAUAUAGAUUUUAGAAAUAAAUCAUGCUUUUGUAAGAUAGAUUUUACCUUGAAUUUAUGAGAUCAAAACAGAUUUCGGUCAUUAGAUCAAUUACUUGGAUUUAAGUCAUUUUAGAUAUAGAAAUAAAUUGAAAUAUCUGAUUUAAGUUAUUGGAUUAUCAUAUGUGAAUUGGAUAAGUUCCGAGCCUUGUGCAUUUGUGGGACCCUCUCACGAGUGCACGGCGUUUGUUACGCCUCGGAUUUGGGUUCUGGGGUGUGACACGGUGCUAGGUAUAAAAGAGAGGCGCAACGGUCCUAGAGUAGUUCCUUGGUUUAGUUUAAGUUCUUUUUGGAUUUUGAAAUAUUUAGAAAUGAAGACCUAUUUUCUAUGAGUUAUUACCAUGAGAUUUUAUGUUGGAUUUUAUGAAGUGAGGAUUAGGUGUUUUGGAUUUGACCAACUACUCGCAUAUGUUAAUAAAGAUGGAGUUUCUUAUAGAAUUUAACAUUAUUGCAGUUGGAUAUUAAAAGUUGUGUAGUUGAGGUAGCCUUACACAUUUAUGGGGUCAUCCCUAUAGAUGUGUGGCAUUUGUUAUGUCUUGACCUUAGGGUUGGGGCAUGACAGUUAGCUUAUGUUUUGUUCUUUUAUUUACCUCUUCAGUCUUCUUUUCUUAAUUUCUCAUCUCUUCUAUUUUAGUUUUUGGUGAGUUUAUGUUUUUGUUCAUUUCAAUUUUCAUUCCAAAUCUAUACUCAUUGAAUUUUAUUUUUCAAUAGGCACAUGCGGCUUGUCAAGAGGUUCCGGAUGCUAAUAGUGGGCAAGGCUUUUCCCCAAAUAAUCGUUCCUCUUCACAAUCAAGCCAUCACCUUUUGUCUCGCCAAAAUGAAAGUAAUGAAGAAAAUGAUGGGCAAAGGGAUUGAAAGGCAUGUUUGUGUCUCCCUACUUAACAAUUUAAAGACUAAUGACUUUCUAGUUUGAUAGAUGCAUUUUCUUUUGGACAAUUUUACAACUUUCGAUAUUUGGGUUUGUGCACGUUUGUUGCUUUGUGUUUCGUGUUUUUCCACUUCAUUUUCAAAGAAAUUGAGAAUUUUUUUUAUUUUUUGGAAUCUACUAUUUGGGAAUCUUUAAUUUCUAUAUAUGCUUAUCAACUUCGAAUGGAUUUAGUGUUGGAGUUUAUUUUUGAUUUUGAGGGCUAGCUGCUAGGGUUCAAAUAUGUUUCCUUCUUCUUCUUUUUUUUUUUUUUUUGGUUUGCACUUUCCCAUUUUGUAAUAAGAAAUGCAUUUCUUUUAU